CAGGUUCCACCCUCUUGCCACUUCCCUCUCCAAUUUGAUCUCGAGUUUUUUACUACCCUGCUUGGGUUGGAUCUCUGAGCACAGAGCAUGUUGUCAUUCAGGGAUGUGGCUAUUGAUUUCUCUGCAGAGGAGUGCAGAUGUCUGGACUCUGCUCAGUGGAAUCUGUACAGGGAUGUGAUGCUGGAGAAUUACAGCAACCUGGUGUUCCUGGGCCUUUCUUUCUCCAAGCCGUUACUGGUCGAAUUUCUGGAGAAAAAUCAAGAGCUUUGGAAUGUGAAGAGACAAACAGCAGCUGCGCCCCGAGGAAAGACACCCUAUAAGUGUAAAGAAUGUGGGAAAGCCUUCACUAAAAACUCAGUUCUUACUUAUCAUCUGAGAAUUCACACUGGAGAGAAGCCCUACAAGUGUGACGUAUGUGGCAAGGCCUUUGCUAUGCCCUCCAUACUUCAAAACCACCAGAAAAUUCACACCAGAGGGAAACCCUACAAGUGUGCUGUGUGUGGCAAGGCCUUUUCUGUGCCUUCCACACUUACUAACCACCAGAAAAUUCACACCGGAGAGAAACCCUAUGAGUGUGAAGUGUGUGGCAAAAAGUUUUCCAGUCAUGCAGACUUUAGAAAACACCAAAGAGUUCACACUGGAGAGAAACCUUACAAGUGUGAAGAGUGUAAAAAACCCUUUAGUAACCUUUCAGCCCUUAGUAGACACAAAGUUGUGCAUACUGGAGAGAAGCGUUUUACCUGUGAACGGUGCGGCAAAGCCUAUGGUAGGAGUCACCACCUCAGUCGGCACCAGAGAGCUCACACUGGACAGAAAUGCUACACAUGCAAAGAGUGUGGCAAAAUGUUUUACUAUUCUUCAGACCUUAAAAGGCACCACAGAAUUCAUUCUGAAGAGAGACCCUAUGAGUGUGAGGAAUGUGGCAAAGCCUUUCCCAGUCCUUCAGACGUUACUCAGCAUGCAAGAACUCAUAAGAGAAUGAAGCAGUACACCUGUGAAGCCUGCGGUGAGCGCUUUACUAUUCAAACGACAAUUUCCAACCUCCGUAAAAUCCGUCUUGAAGGAAAGCCGGCUGAGUGUGAAGGAUUUCCAAACACGAUGACGUCACAAGACGGGUCUUGGAUACUUCCGCAUUCAGUAUUGAAACUUAGCUUCUCCCCAAAGUUAGGCGAGUGUUCUGCUCAGCGCUGGGCUUGGAUCCCUGACAUGGAGGAUAUGCUGUCGUUCUGGGAUGUGGCCAUUUAUUUUUCUGCAGAGGAGUGGGAAUGUCUGGGUCCUGCUCAGUGGAAUUUGUACAGGGAUGUGAUAUUGGAGAUUUACAACAAUCUUGUGUUCGUGGGUCUUGCUUCAUCAAAGCCAUACCUGGUGACAUUUCUGGAGCAAAAACAAGAACCUUCAGACAUGAAGAGUCAAGCAGCUGCCGCCACGCAGCCAGGCAACGAACACUAUCCAGUUAAAGAAUGUGGUAAAACCUUUCAUUGGAACUCACAACUUCCUAACCACCAGAGGAUACAUUUAAGAAUGAAGCCCUAUAGGUGUGAAGAAUGUGGCAAGUCUUUUUGUUUCCCAUCAUUACUUUCUAUACACAAGAGAAUUCAUACAGGAGAGAAACCCUACAGGUGUGAAGUUUGUGGCAAAGCCUUUCAUUCUCCAUCAUUAUUUUCCGUGCACAAGAGGAUCCAUACAGGAGAGAAACGCUAUAAGUGUGAAGUGUGUGGCAAGGCCUUCCAUUGUCCAUCAUUACUUUCUGUGCACAAGAACAUUCAUACGGGAGAGAAACCCUAUAAGUGUGACGUAUGUGGCAAGGCCUUCCAUGCUCCAUCAGUACUUUCUAGACACAGAAGAAUCCAUACAGGGGGAAAACCCUAUAAAUGUGAAGUGUGUGACAAGGCCUUCCAUUGUCCAUCAGUACUGUCUGACCACAAGAACAUUCACACAGGAGAGAAACCCUACAAGUGUGAUGUAUGUGGUAAGGCCUUCCAUGCACCACCAUUACUUUCUGCACACAAGAGAAUUCAUACAGGAGAAAAACCUUACAAGUGUGAACUGUGUGGCAAGGCCUUCCAUACCCCGUCAUUGCGCUCUGUACAUAAGAGAAUUCAUACAGGGAAGAAACCCUACAAGUGUGAAGUGUGUGGUGAGGUCUUUGGCACCCCCUGGCAAAUAUCUAGUCACUUGGUAAUGCAUUCUGGAGAGAAACCAUACAGGUGUGAGGGGUGUGGGAAAGCCUUCUCUACAAAGUCAUACCUAACUAAGCACAAAUUGCUUCACAGUAUGGAGAAACUUUACAGAUGUGAAGAAUGUGGCAAACAGCUCAACAGUUCUCGAAGUCUUCAAGAGCAUCAAAGAAUUCAUUCUGGAGAGAAACCCUACAAGUGUAAAGAAUGUGGCAAAGACUUCAGAACACACACAGCGCGUUCUAGACAUCGGACCGUUCAUAUCGGAGAGAAAUGUUACAAGUGUGAAGAAUGUGGCAAAACCUUUUACCAGUCUUCCGGUCUAAAUAAGCAUCAGAGAAUUCAUUUAAGAGUGAAACCCUACAGGUGUGAAGAAUGUGCUAAGGCCUUUCGUGUUCCAGCAUUACUAAGGGAACACAAGAGAGUUCAUACAGGAGAGAAACCCUACAAGUGUGAAAUAUGUAGUAAGGCCUUCCAUGCUCCAUCAGCACUUUCUGUACACAGGAGAAUUCAUACAGAAGAGACACCCUGUAAGUGUGAAGUGUGUGGCAAGGCCUUCCGUGUUCCAUCAUUACUCUCUAAGCACAAGGUAACCCAUACUGGAGAGAAACCCUACAAGUGUGAGAUAUGUGAAUUCCGUGCUCCAUCACUGCUUUCAGUACACAAGAAAAUUCACACAGGAGUGAAACCCUACCAGUGUGAAGUGUGUGACAAGGCCUUCCAUUAUCCUUCAAUACUUUCUAAGCAUAAGAGAAUUCAUACAGGAGAAAAGCCAUACAAGUGUGAAGUGUGUGACAAGGCCUUCCGUUUCCCAUCAUUGCUUUCUGUGCACAAGAGAAUUCAUACUGGAGAAAAACCCUACAGGUGUGAAGUAUGUGCCAAGGAUUUCCAUUGUCCAUCAUUGCUUUCUAAAACGCAAGCGAGUUCAUACAGGAGAGAAACCCUACCGGUGUGAAGCAAGGCCUUCCGUGCUCCCUCAGUGCUUCCCGUGCACAGGAGAAUUCAUAAUGGAGAAAAGCUUUACAAGUGUGAAGUGUGUGGCAAGGCCUUCCACUGUCCAUCAUCACUUUCCGAACACCAAGGAAUUCAUACAGGAGAGAAGCCCUACAAUUGUGAAGUGUGUGGUGCGGCUUCUAGGACUUCCCAGAUUCUUUCUACUUCCAGAAUGAUAGUCCAUUCUGCAGAGAAAGCCCACAAGUGUGAAGAAUGUGGAAAAGCCUUUUCUACAAAAUCCUGCUUGUGUCAGUACAAACUAACUCGCAAUGCAGAAAACCCUUACAAAUGUGCAGUAUGUGGCAAAGGGCUCAACAACAUGAAAAACUCUAGGGAUCAUCAAAGAAUUCAUUCUGGAGAGAAACCCUACAGGUGUAAAGAAUGUGGCAAGGGUUUUCGAAGUUCUACAGCACGUUCUAAACAUCGGGUAAUUCAUACCGGGGAGAAACGUUACCAGUGUGAAGACUGUGGGAAGAGCUAUUACCAGUCUUCCGGUCUCAAGCAACAUCGAAGAAUUCACUUGUGAGAGAAGCCACACAAGUGUGAAGAACAUGCCGAGAUAGUCUGUACCCACUAAGAACUUUUGAAAUACCUGAUAAUUCUUACUGGACAUUAAUGCCACUAGUGAGAAAAAUGUUAGAAACCCUUUAGUAAGCUGACCAGUAUUUCUCAACACAUGGUAGUUCAUACUGAGGUGAAAUAGUACAAGUCUUAAAAUGUUCAUAAAAUAUUUUUACUUCUUGAUAUCAUAAAAGAUAGCAAA